AUGCUUUCUCUUAGCCCCGAGAAUUUUGAGCAGCUGAAGGAAUUCCCAGUAAGAACAGUUUAUCAAUUCGCGUCCAAAGAUACUUGGUUAGAAAACCUUGUUGUUCGAUCCGAUGGUGUCAUUCUUGCUACCGAGAUUGGUCCACCCGCAAGACUUUUGGCUUUUGAUCCAACCCAAGAAACCACUGAAAAGCAGGUCGUUGCUACCUUUGCCAACGUUUUGAGUCUCACUGGAAUCACUGAAGGUGCUCAUAACGUUUUUUAUGUCACUGGCGCCAACACUACUUCUGCUACUAUUCGCGAUCCGCCCAAAAACGCUCCCCAGGUAUGGCGUGUUGAUUACUCUGGUAACACAACGGAACCGGUUAUAACUCACGUCGCAAGCCCUACUUAUCCGACCAUUGUCGACUUCAAUGGCCUAGCUGCAUACAACGAAUCCAUCAUCCUCGCUUCUGCCAGCCACGACAAUGCCAUCGCUGCCGUCGAUGUUGAGACUGGGAGAACUUGGGUAGCCUUUGAGGAUGAUUCAAUGAGCGAUAUUAAUGAUAUCAAGAUCCAAGUUGGUUACAUAUAUUGGACUGCUGAUUCCGAUUUUUGCCGGGUAGAAUUGUAUUCCAAUUUUACCAUCAGUACUGCUGAAGUGAUUGCCCUCGGCUUCGAAGACGAUUCUUCUUUAAACUUCGACGAUUUCGCCCUAUCCCCCAACGGCUGGAAGACCAAUCAAACUAAUAGCAAAGGUCAUAAAUAUGCAUACCUCGCUACAUCCGUCAACAAUUCAAUUAUGGAGAUCAGCUUCGAUGCUAAGACUGGUGGUAACAAUGAGACUGCUAUUAUCGCUGGUGCUCUGGACUCAACCGAGAUUGCCGAGCCGACCGGUGCCGCAUUUGGUCGUGCCCAAGGUCAACUCAAUAAGCUGUACGUUACAACUGGUGGUGGUAGUGGAAUGAAUGUUGAUGUAGAUGGUGUUGAGACUGCAGUAGGAGCUCAAUUGCUUGAGAUAACCCUUACUUAG